AUGUUCAAUAAAGUCCUCCUUGUCGCCGCCCUCAUCGGCUCUACCCUUGCCAAUCCAGUCCCCUCAGACAAAACGAAACUCCUCAAUAAUCCAAAAAAGUCAAAAGCCGACAUGAAGCUUCGUCAUCAUGUCCCUGCUGACGAUGCGUGCAUAGUGGAGGGUAACUUUGGUUACCAUAGUGUGGAGGUCUAUGCAACCAAAGAGUCCAUGCCAAUCGACCAGGUGUGUGGACAGGGAUACUUCGACAACUUUCGUGGACGUUGUGGCGUUAUCUCCAACUGGGGAUGCAAGUUCGUGGACGAGAAUGUGGACAGAGUUGAGGAAAAGGAGAAGAAUGAGGAUCGAAUCACGGGCGCCAAGAUGACCUUCAGCACUGAUGUCUUUUGCUCUGCUAGCGACAUAAUAGAAGCUAUGGGUGCUGCCUCGGCCGCCGACGGGAAGAAACCAAGCGGUUGUGUUAAAAACAAGGGGUGGUAA